AGAAUCAGUUGGUUGUCACCGUGCACAGAAUCUGCCUGAAGACUUCUUCAUCAUCAUCAUGGCUAAAUCUGAAACUUGUCUCGUCAACUUGCGUUACCAAGAUGGCAGCGAGGGAAGCCCCUCCAACCCUGCCAAGUUCAAAAAUCAAGAUUUCGCUCAGAUAAAAGCUGACUGCCUCCGCAAAGGAGGGCUAUUUGUGGACAAUGCGUUCCCACCAAACAGUCGUUCUUUGGGUGACCUGCCUGACAUGAGUCCCUCACAGGAGAGUGAAGUGAAAUGGCUUCGACCAGCAGAUUUAUUGAGAGAACAAGGAAACAAGGAUAAGCCUGCUUUCUGUACAGAUGGUACAUCACGAUUUGACUUUGGACAAGGUGAAGUGGGUAACUGCUGGUUUUUGUCUGCAAUAUCUGCACUGACCUUCCAAAAAGGUCUAAUGGCACAAGUUGUGCCAAUGGACCAGUCCUUUGAGGAUUAUGCAGGAAUAUUUCACUUCAGGUUCUGGAGGUUUGGAAAGUGGGUAGAUGUUGUCAUCGAUGAUUAUCUGCCAACGAUCAACAAGCGGCUGCUGUCUGUGUCCUCAAAAGAUGGAAAUGAGUUCUGGGCUCCUCUGCUGGAGAAGGCAUAUGCCAAAGUUUGUGGUUCAUACGCAGACAUGCAUGGUGGGUCAUCAUCAGAGGCUUGCAAAGAUUUCACUGGAGGUGUGAACCAGAUUUACCAUCUCACAGAGGCCAACGCACCGAGCCACGAUGAGCUUUGGCUGACACUGAGCAGAGCCACUGAGUGCAAAUCAUUGAUUUGCUGUGGGACUUUGCACAAAAAGGAUUUUUUGGCCAACAUUGGAUUGGUAGAUGGGCACGCUUAUUCUAUCACAGAAAUCACUGAGGUGGAAUUAAACAGCUCCAAAGUAAGACUGGUGCGAAUCAUGAACCCAUGGGGCAAACGGGAGUGGAGCGGAAAGUGGAGCGACAAGUCAGAUUUGUGGAACAAAGUAAGGCCAGAUGUUCGAAAAAAGUGUUUCGACCGUGAUGAUGGAGAGUUCUGGAUGGAACUGGAGGACUUCUUUCGCUAUUUCAGUGCCGUAUUCAUCUGCUGUGAGACCCCUAACUUUCUUGAUGGCGACUUUAAAUGUCAGUGGAAAUGCAUGAUUUACGAUGGCAGGGUAGAAGAAGGCGCUGCGAAUCACUCCACCUUUGCAACAAACCCUCAGUAUCGCAUCCAGGUGAGUGUUAUAGACAGGCUGGAGCCAGAAGACAAAAACAUCUUGCUCUCCCUGAUGGAGAAACCUCAGCAGGAUUCUCGCAAUGAGAUAAAGCUCAACCCCAUUGGACUUACCAUCUAUAAGGUCCGGCCAGGGACCCCACAAGGACGCCUGGGGUCUGAUUUCUUUAACAGGACCAGUCCUGUGAAGGCACCAACCAUUUAUACUGGUUUCAGAGAGGUGGUUGAACUCCUAAGUCUGGAACCUGGAGAGUAUGUGAUCAUCCCGUUCACGAACAAACCCAAUGUUACUGCAGACUUUGUUCUUACCAUCUACACCAAAGCUGAUGUUAAGAUCAGGUCCUAUGAUGGAGGAGAUGAAAAUGAAGAUAAUGACCAUCUUUCUGAGAUCCGUGACAAAGACAAGGAGAGAGUCACUGAUGAUGAUCCCAAUCAUGCCUUAUUUAAACUCUACGCUGAUCAGAAUGAUGAGCUAAUUCCUGGACAACUCCAGAAGCUCCUGAAUGACAGGUUCCCUCAUGGGAGUGGCCACAGGGGCUUUAGUUUGGAUACCUGCAGGAGUAUGAUUGCCUUGGUGGAUCUCGACAAAAGGAUGACGAUGACCUUCGCUGAAUUCUCAAUUCUCUGGAAGAAGAUUCAAGAAUACAAGAAUCUCUUCCAUCGCUGUGAUGUGAAUGAAAAUGGAUCCCUGUCUAGCCCUGAGCUCCAGAAGGCGAUGGAAGCUGCAGGAAUGGAUGUGAAUGAUGGCAUUGUGGGGCUGAUGAUGUUUCGGUAUUCAGGCUUCUCCAGCACCUCUUUGGAGGAGUUCAUCACCCUCAUGUUGCGCCUGGAUAAGAUGUCAGACAUUUUCAAGGGCAAAUCAUCUGAUGGCGUAAUCCACCUGAACUGGGAUGAGUGGUCUGUCAUCUCGAUGUAUAACUAGACCAGACCAAAUCAGGAGAACUGUAUGAGAAGAUUCCUGCAAUCAGACUUGCUUUUAUGUCUUAAUGCACCAGUAUGAGAGCUGGACAGCUUUUAUAGGGGUGGCCAGGCUGAAAUUAUUGUUUUUUCUUUUGCUUUUUCUUUCUUUCAAAUCACUGUGGCCAAAUAUAUGAUCUUUUUGACCAUUUCCUUUCAUUAUUUGUACAAAAAAGUUCUCAAUACUCUAUGAAAGUUACCAGCAAAGGCAAACCAGCUGCAUUCAUAAACUAUUAGGGUGCCACGGUCAGAGAGGUAUACCUGCUAAUUAUUGUUUGGGAACAUGAUAACCUAGAACUAAGUUUUAGAGCCAGCUUCAGGGGUGCAGUUUUGGGGAUUUUUUGGGGGGUGGGAUUACUUGGGGAAUCCCCAAAGUCAUUUAGACCAAUAAUGUCAACGAUUUUCUUUAUUUUUUUUGUUUAAUGUUGUUGUGACACAAAUGAGGAAACUGAUUAUUUGACAGUUAACUCUCCUCCAUUCUAUUAUUAAAAGCCUGGAUGGAGUUAGGACCAGACAGUUAGUGAUAUAACUUCCUCAACAGUGAUGAAUAUCUGUGUUUGAGCAAAUUAUACAAACUUAAUAAAAAAAUAAAAAAUAAAGUAAAACAUGUGGUGGCAUAGGCGUAAUAGUAACUCAGCAGCAUUAAUGGUGAAAGCAAAUAAAUACGUUCACAUACUGUUCAAUUCUCAAUAUCUGCAACUUUCUUUUUUUGGGAUUGCAAUAAAAACUGAUACCCUCAGAA